AUGGGCCAUUCCACCGGCAGUCAAUGUGUGAUGCAUUAUCUAUACCGACCAAACCCUCAUAUAAGCACACCAUCCUUUGACCCCGAUCUCGAGCACGUCAAACGCCAAGUUCUCGACGGAGCCAUUAUGCAAGCACCGAUUUCUGACCGCGAAGCAAUUCUCUGGGUCUUAACCGAAGGGAUUGGGGGCAAAUCCCCGAACGAAGUUCGAGAAAUCUAUGAAAAGGUAGAAACAAUGGCAAAGGAAGCUGAUCGUGAGAACAAAAAAUCAAAUUCGCCUUUUGAUACUCUUCUACCUAUAUCGAUGACCUCUCAGAUUGGUUAUCCAGCCAACACUCCACUCAGCGCUCGAAGACUGUUAAGUCUCGUGAGCCCCGAAAGUCCCCAGUCGCCUCGCGAAGAUGACCUCUUCAGCUCUGAUUUGGGCCACGAGCAGUUAGAAAAGACAUUUGGAAUGAUUAGGCAUCGCGGCUUGUUGAAAAACAAGUUGCUGGUCCUAUAUUCCGGAGCUGACCAGGCAGUCCCAGAUUGGGUUGACAAGGAGAAAUUGUUACUGAAGUGGAGAAAUGUCACUGACCAUAAUGGUGAAACCCAAAUUUGGGAUCAACAUCACAGCGGUGUCAUUCCAGGUGCUUCUCACGCGCUGAGUAACGAUGAUCAAGCUGAGCCACGAAAGGAUUUAGUCAGGAGAGUUCUAGGGUUUUUGCACGAUUUAGAGAAAGUUUAA